AUGGUUCGGAUCUGUCUAGGCUUUAUCGGCCUCACUGCCACUCCGACCAGCUGGGCUCCCCGCGCUCAUCUACCAUACCUUACCGCGGAGGCUGCUAUUAAAGCACAUAAUCUCUCGCCAUCAAUUCGUAUUUUCUCGGCGCUCGAUGUGUUAACUACCGACCCUAAUGUCGACCUGGUGGUUGUCUGCACGCGCGUGGACACGCAUUACCAGCUCGCAAGACCUGUGAUAGAAGCGGGCAAGAAUAUCUUCGUGGAAUGGUCACUGGGAGCUAAUCUCGAGCGAGCUUUUGAUCUUGUCAGUCUCGCUAAAGUCAAAGGGGUCGCAACCAUGAUUGGUCUGCAGGGUAUAAUGAGUCUUGCCAUCCGCAAAAUAAAAGAUCUGAUCGAGUCCGGCACCCUCGGGACCAUUUUCAGCGUCUCUGUAUGUGGUGUUGCCACAAAUUUGAACGUCAGUAUGCCAGAGAAGUAUGCCUACUUUGCAGACAAGCGAAGCGGCGGCAACAUUUUGACCAUCUGA